AUGGAUCUGAGCAGGCGGAGCUCGAGCGGCGGCAACGGCGGCAGCGGCGCGGGCGUGCAGCGCCCCACGGCCGCCAGGCGGAGCAGCAGCAGCGCCAAGGGCAAGGAGCGCGAGGACGAGGGCCCGGCCGCACCGCUCGAGGUCGCACCGCCCCCGCAGGAGGAGGAGGCGGCCGUCCUCGACUUGUCGUCCUCCUCCGCCGAGCAGUUCCCGCCAGCUUUCCCGCCGCCGACCAAGGGCAAGCAGGCCGCGGCAGAGCACGACCCGGAGGACGCCCGCAUCGACGCCGAGGGCCACCCUCGCUUCGUCGGCAACCCUGCCAUCCGCCGCGACCGCGACGAGCCCAUCCUGCGCGAGACGCAGGACCGCUUCGUCCUGUUCCCGAUUCAGUACCAGGAGAUCUGGGCGCACUACAAGCGUGCGCAGGCCUCUUUCUGGACUGCCGAGGAGAUGGACAUCUCGAAGGACCUGUGGGACUGGGACGGCCGCCUGAACGACAACGAGCGCCACUUUAUCUCGCACGUCCUCGCCUUUUUCGCCGCGUCCGACGGCAUCGUCAACGAGAACCUCGUCGAGCGCUUCUCGAGCGAGGUGCAGGUCGCCGAGGCGAGGUGCUUCUACGGGUUCCAGAUCAUGAUGGAGAACGUUCACUCGGAGGUCUACUCGCUCCUCAUCGAGACGUACGUGCGCGAGGCGCAAGAGCGCUCGAGGCUGUUCAACGCCAUCGACACGAUCCCCUGCAUUCGCAAGAAGGCCGACUGGGCGCUGCGGUGGAUCUCGGACCCGCGCGCCGUCUUUGGCGAGCGCCUCGUCGCGUUCGCCGCCGUCGAGGGCAUCUUCUUUUCGGGCUCGUUCGCGUCCAUCUUCUGGCUCAAGAAGCGCGGCCUCAUGCCCGGCCUCACCUUUUCCAACGAGCUCAUCUCGCGCGACGAGGGCCUGCACACCGACUUUGCGUGCCUCCUCUUCUCGCACCUCGAGCGCCGACCGGCCCCGCGGCGCGUCGCGCAGAUCGUCCGCGAGGCGGUCGAGAUCGAGAAGGAGUUCCUCACGGACGCGCUCCCCGUCGGCCUCAUCGGCAUGAACGCGGGCCUCAUGCGCCAGUACAUCGAGUUUGUCGCCGACCGCCUCCUCGUGAGCCUCGGCAACGACAAGCAGUACGGCGCCGAGAACCCGUUCGACUUUAUGGACAUGAUCUCGAUGGAGGGCAAGACCAACUUUUUCGAGAAGCGGGUCAGUGACUACCAAAAAGCCGGCAUCAUGUCGGGUCACGCCGCUCGGUCGGCCGCCGACAGCGCGUCGGGCACGCCCGGCGCGAGCACGCCCAUCGAGGACUCGCGCCUGCUCGUCUUUGACGCCGACUUUUGAGCGCGCGCGACGCACCGUCGUCGUCUGUGUACCACUCCCCCUCUCUCGCACCUCGCAACCCCCUCGCAACUCUAGACUCCUCGCACCUCCUCUCUGUAGCAGCCCUCGCUCCCCCUCCCCGCUCACCUGUGCCCGACUACCUUCGCCUUUCACACUCUGUCUCGUUCGUGUAGUCCUUGCCGUCGUUCCCCUUUCC